AGAAACUUGUAUGGACUGAGCGCGAUAUCAGGACGAGGGAAUCACCCGCUUCAUCGCAGUCGACAUCGUCUCCCUCUGGUAUAGUUGUCAAGUAGGCAUCCAAUUUCUGGCCAGAGACAGCUUCCAAGAUGUCCACCGUUCGUCUAGCCGUGCCUCGCGCCGGCUUCCAAUUUCACUCGCAACAGCUCCUCCUCCGGCAGCGAACAUCUCAACUCUCCCAGCAGCAGCAGCAUCUCCGUGCCUCAUGGCUUCAGCUACGUACUGCAACCACCAAUACCCAGCCGGCGCCGAGGGCACCGCCGAAGCCGCGUGUGCUUGAACAACCCGAUCGCUUUCGUCCGCCGUCACAUCCUCAGCGCAUCCGACCUAAACCGCGCUAUGCCGGCCCGCCAUUGAGUGAACACGAGCGACAGGCGCAGACCACGCGACAGUAUCCGCAUAUGAUGCCGCCAGAGGGCACGUUCUUGCAUUGGUUUUUGAAGGAUCGGGUGGUGCAUGUGUUCAUUACUAUGGGCAUUCUCCUCUCCCUCGUCUUCGGAAUCUACUUCCAAGACUUCCUCCACAAGACACCCUAUCGGGAUCUUCUGCCUCCCAACAGUCUCUUCUUCGCCCAUCCAGUGACCUACCUGCACCGCUGGUGGACCGUCUACGACAUGCACGUAUCAUACAUCUCCGCGCAGACCGCCGAGCGUCGCAAAGCCAAGGCCGACGACGUCGUGAAGCGUUCAGAGUACCGCAAGGCGCACGGCCUAGAGACGGAGGAGAAACAGAGCUGGUUCGGCGGAUGGACGGCCAGGGAGGAUGGACCGAGGAAGAUGGUGCCAAAGGAGGUGCUGAGGGAUCAGUCGUCGGUGGUCGCGGAGGAGGAGAAGGCCGAGAAGGUAGAGGAUGCGGCAGCUGCACCGGCUGGGCGGGAUGAUGUCUUUGUCGCGUUUGAUGGGUCGGUACAGGCGGAGAGGAAGAAAUGGUUUGGCCUCUUCUGAGCGAUUGGGCUGCGAUCAUGUACGUUAAAUCACUGUCAUCAUCUCCUCUUCUCGAAAUGGGGAGGUUGUAUCAAACAAUCGUUUAAUCGCAGUAACGACGGCAUGAGUUCAGUCGCAGGCUUCGGUCAGGCGUCAACAGCGCUCGAAGAGAGGCAACAAGAUACCUG